AUUACUCGGGUAUUUUUACCAGCUGCAAUAAUUAUUCUUAUUUAUUGUGAUUGUGCCAGGCGUAUUUGGUCUACAACAGUUCUUCGUCAGUCGAGCAUAAGAUCAAACAGGGACGUAAAAAUUCGCAAAAGAGUAACAUUAAUGGUGUGUACAUCCGCCAUCGUAUUCUUAAUGUGUUGGCUACCAAAUGAAAUCUACUUCACUUUAAUCAAUUUUGGUUUGGCAAGAUUAGAAUCCGUUGGACAUCGAUCAGCAAAGACGUUGAUAAUUUUAAAUUCAUGUCUUAAUCCAUUUAUCUACUUUGCUACAAAUUCCAAAUACCGAUUGGCUAUCAGGCAGGCGUUU